GUUUUUAUUGGGAAACUAAUCAAAAUAGGUACUUAUUACAGUCGAAAAGGGAAAACCUCUCAAACUGAUCUGAUUUUACGAUAAUUGUGAUUGUAAUUGUAUUAAAAGUAGCUGAGAAGAUGGCAUCUCUGGGUGACCCUUUAUAUCCCAUUGCCGUGCUUAUCGAAGAGUUGAAAAACGAGGAUGUUCAGGUGCGUCUAAACUCCAUCAGAAAGCUAUCCACCAUUGCUCUGGCUUUAGGCGAGGAGCGCACUAGAUCCGAGUUGAUACCCUUUCUCAUCGAGGCCAUAUACGAUGUUGAGGUGUUGCUGGUUCUGGCUGAUCAGCUGGGAAAGUUUACAAGUUUCGUUGGAGGACCCGAAUUCGCCAUGUACUUGAUACCACCACUCGAGAGUUUGGCCACCAUUGAGGAGAGUGUGGUCCGGGACAUGGCCGUUGAAUCCCUGCGCAAUGUGGCCAAUGAGCACAGUCCUCUGGACCUAGAGAUCCAUGUGGUGCCAACGCUGCAACGCCUUGCCUCAGAUGACUGGUUUCCCGGCCGUCUCUCGGCUUGCAGCCUUUUUUCGGUCUGUUAUCCUCGUCUCCCUCAACCUGUGAAGGAAAGCCUGCGCGCCAGUUUCUGUAAGCUGUGUCAGGACGAGACGGCCAUGGUGCGACGUGCAGCAACUAGUAAGCUGAGUGAGUUUAGUAAAGUUAUGGAAAUCGAGCACCUCAAGUCGGACUUGAUCCCCAGCUUUGUGCAACUGGCUAAAGAUGAGCAGGACUCUGUUCGUCUGCUGGUCGUUGAGGCUUGCCCCACCAUUGCCCAGUUGUUGCCCCAAGAGGACAUUGAGCAGUUGAUUUUACCCUCACUGCGUCAGUGUGCCAAGGAUCCGUCGUGGCGCGUGCGCUGUAAGGUUGCCGAGAAGUUUGUGGACUUGCAAAUGGCUGUGGGUCCUGAUAUUACCCUAAUCGGACUGUUGCCAGACUUCCAGAGUUUGCUCAAGGACACUGAGGCUGAGGUUCGCGCUGCGGUGGCUAGCAAAGUAACAGAUUUUUGUGCCAAUCUAGCCAAGGCCAACCAGGCGCAGAUUAUACUCAACUGCAUUUUGCCCAGUGUUCAAGAUCUGAUCUCAGAUUCGAAUUCACAUGUCAGAUCGGCUGUGGCCUCUGUCAUUAUGGGUCUAAGUCCCAUAUUGGGCGCCUAUAAAACUGUGGAGGACUUGCUGCCCCUGUUCUAUAUACAACUCAGGGACGAGUGCCCGGAAGUCCGUCUGAAUAUUAUCUCCAAAAUGGAUUGUAUCAAUGACAUCAUGAACAUACAGCAGGUUUCAGAGUCAAUCCUACCCGCCGUAUUUGAGCUGGCUGAGGAUUCCAAGUGGAGGGUGCGAUUGGCCAUCGUUGAAUAUAUGCCUUCUCUGGCCGGUCAGCUGGGACAGGAGUUCUUCAACAAAAAGUUGCAUGGUCUUUGCCAGUUCUGGCUCAAUGAUCAUGUUUUUGCCAUUCGAGAGGCUGCUGCCCUUAACUUGAAGAAGCUAGUGAAGCAUUUUGGGGCUCCUUGGGCUGAGCAGACUAUUAUUCCCAUGAUCCUGGUUAUGUCACGCAACACCAACUAUUUGUAUAGAAUGACUUGUUUGCUCUGUCUAAGUGUUUUGGCCGAGGCUUGUGGUACAGAUUUAACCGUCAGACUGCUGCUUCCUACAGUUCUUCAGCUUGCCACUGAUCCUAUAGCCAAUGUUCGCUUUAAUGUGGCCAAAACCCUGCAGAAGAUGACUCCCUUCCUGGAGGCCAGUGUCAUUGAAGAUCAAGUGAAGCCCACUCUUGACAAACUGAAGGUGGACACGGAUGCGGAUGUCAAGUAUUUUGCUGCUCAGGCUAUUGACGGUAUAGCAGCAGCAUAAUCAAGCAUUUUGUGUCAUUUUUUAUUACACUAUAACUCUGAGAAACAUUCACAAAGCUUUUAGUAGAUACAAAAAUGUAUAAUAAUUAUAUUCCAGCCAUUUCCUAAUCUAUA